GUUUCAGCGGGCCAGCUAUCACGAGCCACUCACUCCUGUUUACAGAUUACAAAUAGCCAAAGUCCGGCCCGCCUCCCCCCUGCUUCACCUCUCUGGGGGAUUAGAUACUGCUCCUCGCCUCCUGACCGGGAUUCGUUACAAACAUUUGUGAGUAGUAGUUCUGCGAGUCGGGACUUCCUCGCCUUGUGUAUUUCACCCCUGAGCAUGGUGCUGCAUCUGCAAUCCAACCUCACUUUUUCGCAGGGAGCCAGGCUGAUGUUUUACGCCUUAACUCCCAGCGAAACCACAUUCAGAGAAGUGGACCAAGUACAGGACUAUGUCCAGCAGGCAACACCGUAUUUUGUGGGUCUGAUGAUCAUUGAGCUGGUUGUCACCUGGUUUCAGAAGGGCAAAACUGUAUUUCGAAUAAAUGAUGCACUGACUUCCAUCAGUGCAGGCAUCUUGUCAAGAUUGCCAGAGUUACUGGGCCGAGGCAUUGAGUUGACUGGUUACAUUUACAUCUGGAAGAAUUUUAGGCUGUUUGAACUCCCAUGGGAUUCUGCCUGGACAUGGUGGUUGGCGUUAUUAGGAGUUGACUUUGCUUACUAUUGGCUCCAUCGAAUGUCGCAUGAAGUGAAUAUGUUGUGGGCAGCACACCAAGUUCAUCAUAGCUCUGAGGACUACAAUCUGUCUACAGCCCUCCGGCAGUCCGUAUUACAGAAAUAUUUUUCCUGGGUCUUUAACCUUCCAAUGGCUCUCUUCAUCCCUCCCUCAGUUUUUGCAGUACAUCUUCAAUUUAACUUGUUGUAUCAGUUCUGGAUUCACACAGAGAUAAUUGGUAACCUUGGGCCUCUGGAACUGAUCCUCAACACACCCAGUCACCACAGAGUCCACCAUGGACGGAACCAUUACUGCAUCGACAAGAAUUAUGCUGGAACUCUUAUCAUUUGGGACAGGAUUUUCGGUACCUUUGCGCCAGAGAAUGAGAAAGUGAUCUUUGGCUUGACUCACCCAAUCAACGCAUUUGAACCUCUAUGGGUGCAGUUCCAUCACUUGCUUUACAUUUGGAAGACAUUUUGGGCAACACCUGGCAUAAGCAACAAAAUUUCUGUCCUCUUCAAAGGGCCAGGAUGGCAACCAGGCAAACCCAGACUUGGGUGUCUUGAAGACAUUCCAGCAAUUACUGGAAAUGAAAUUCCACAUCAUCCCCAAAUCCCUGUUUGGCUUCAAUUGUAUGCAGUUCUGCAUUUUAUCCUCAUUCUGGGUAUUUACUUACACAUAUUUGCUAAUAAGCCUGUUCUAUCAGAAUUCACAAUCCUCUUGGGAAUUGGAUAUAUAAUACUCACGUUGAGUUCUAUUGGAUUGAUGAUGGAGAACAGAUCUGAAGUAGCUAUUUUGGAAAUCAUCCGAUGCUGCAUUUUCCUUUUUCUUAAGCUCGGUUCCUUGACUGGCCCUUUAAAGCUGGUGACUAAAGUUGGAUUUUCUCUGUCUUUGGCCUUCUGGGGUUUGCGAGGUGCAAUGAAAAUCUGACAAAUACCAAUGGACACCAGUGUGAGAAUGAACCAGCUCCAAAACAACACUGCAGCACGGUCAGCUGCAACAUGCAAUGUCACUCACAAAGCGCUCAGACAUACUAUUCAAUGUGACAUGACUCUAUACAAACUAAUGGAAAAGAAAUAAUUUUACAAAGUAACAUUUUAUUGGAAAAAAGAUAUGCUUUCUGAUUGUAACAGAGCACAAAAUAGUUUGAUAUCUUAGAAUCAAAAAUCAAUAAGAAUAAUAAUCUGUGAUAGCUUCCAUAAGAAGAUUAAAUAGUUUAUGUUCCAGUAUAUUUUGACUAUAAAUUUUCUUGAACUUAAUUCCAAGUGUACUAAUGUUUACCACAUUUAAACAGAGGUCAUACAAGCUCAGAUUUUUGACUUGCUUAAAAUAAGACAAUGACUGAGAACAAUACAAAUGAACUGCCAAUGUGCAUUCUCUGAGUUUGUUCUUGACACUCUGUACAGAGUUUCUUAAUAGGUUUGCAUAAAAUUAACAAAAUCUGAAAGUAACCUGAAAUGUUAUUUAAUAUAUUUCAACUUAAAAAGAAAAAUCCAUAAUUUUGAAAACUAAUUUUAUGUAAGUAAACAUUUGAUGAACCUCUGUAGCAAGAUGAUUACACUUGUACCUCAGACCCAGAGAUUGAUUUUAGUUCUGCGUGUCUAUCUACGUACUAUUUUUCUAUCCCACUUUACAAAAUACUGUUUUAUUUGUCUUUUCUAGCAAUAAAUAAAUCAGGAAAACCGA